UAUAGUUACUGAGAGGAGAAAUGGAACAAAAAAGGAUUAAGCUGGACUUGGACGCCUUCUCAUGUUCCAUCUGUUUGGAUCUACUGAAGGAUCCGGUGACUAUUCCCUGUGGACACAGCUACUGCAUGAAUUGUAUUAAAACCCACUUUGAUGAAGAGGACAGGAAGGGAAUCCACAGCUGCCCUCAGUGCAGGAAGACUUUCACACCGAGGCCUGUCCUGGAGAAAAACAUCAUGUUAGCAGAUUUAGUGGAGCAGCUGAAGAAGACUGGACUCCAAGCUGCUCCAGCUGAUCACUGCUAUGCUGGACCUGAAGAUGUGGCCUGUGAUGUCUGCACUGGGUUGAAGCUGAAAGCCAUCAAGUCUUGUUUAGUCUGUCUGGCCUCUUACUGUGAGAAACACCUCCAACCUCACUAUGAUGUCGAGCUAUUAAAGAGACACAAGCUGGUGGCCCCCUCCAAGAAGCUCCAGGAGAACAUCUGCUCUCGUCAUGAUGAGGUGAUGAAGAUUUUCUGUCGUACUGAUCAGCAGAGUAUCUGUUAUCUCUGCACAAUGGAUGAACAUAAAGGCCAUGAAACAGUCCCAGCUGCAGCAGAAAGGACUGAGAAGCAGAAGGAGCUCGAGGUGAGACGACUAAACAUCCAGCAGAGAAUCCAGGAGCGAGAGAAAGAUGUGAAGCUGCUUCAGCAGGAGGUGGAGGCCAUCAAUGGCUCUGCUGAUAAAGCAGUGGAGGACAGUGAGAAGAUGUUCACUGAGCUGAUCCGUCUCAUCCCGAAAAGAAGCUCUGAUGUGAAGCAGCAGGUCAGAUCCCAGCAGGAAACUGAAGUGAGUCGAGUCAAAGAGCUUCAGGAGAAGCUGGAGCAGGAGAUCGCUGAGCUGAAGAGGAAAGACGGCGAGCUGGAGCAGCUCUCACACACAGAGGAUCACAACCAGUUUCUACACAACUACCCCUCACUGUCAGCACUCAGUGAGUCUACACACUCAUCCAGCAUCAAUAUUCGUCCUCUGAGGUACUUUGAGGAUGUGACAGCAGCUGUGUCAGAGACCAGAGAUAAACUACAGGACAUUCUGAGAUGGGAAUGGACAAACAUCUCACUGACAGUCACUGAAGAGGAUGUUUUACUGUCACCACCAGAGCCAAAGACCAGAGCUGGAUUCUUAAAAUAUUCACAUGAAAUCACACUGGAUCCAAACACAGCAAACAGACAGCUUUUAUUAUCUGAGGGGAACAGAAAAGCAACAUUUAUGAAACAACAGCAGUCUUAUUCUGAUCAUCCAGACAGAUUUUCUGAAUGGGAGAGGGUCCUGAGUAGAGAGAGUCUGACUGGACGUUGUUACUGGGAGGUGGAGUGGAGAGGGAGAGGAGUUGAUGUAGCAGUCGCAUACAGGAAUAUCAGCAGAGACGGCGGCCUCAAUGAAUGUAUAUUUGGAUUAAAUGCCAAAUCUUGGUCAUUUUGUUGUGACACAAACAGUUAUACAUUUUGGCACAACAAAGUCCAAACUGUCCUCUCAGGUCCUCGGUCCUCCAGAGUAGGAGUGUACCUGGAUCACAGAGCAGGUAUUCUGUCUUUCUACAGUGUCUCUGAAACCAUGACUCUCCUCCACAGAGUCCAGACCACAUUCACUCAGCCGCUCUAUGCUGGACUUUGUCUUUUUGAUCACGGAGACACUGCAGAGUUCAUUAAACUGAAAUAGUCAGAACAAUUGGGACAAUUCGUUAAAAUGCCCGUUUUACUUUUCAGUUUCUUGGUAAGGUUUAUUUGUCUCAUGGUUUUCAAGAACAAAAUUCACAAAGUGCUUUACAAUACAGAAUUAGGUCUAGACCAAAUUAAAAUAGCAUAAACUAUAUAAAACCAAACCAGCACAGGCAGUUUUUUAAGUUUCAUUUUAACAAUAUCAACAGUGCCCAUAGAUCUUAGCUCCAGUGGAAACGAGGGACACAAUCACAAACAUUGUCACUCAGAGCCCGUUGUUCUGUUGUUUCCUCUCUUCUUGAAAUUGACAGACAUUGUGGAAUGAUGUCAAAGUGAUACAAGGAAGUAAAGUCUGCUCAAACUAAGAGUAUUUGUACUCUGCAGAAGAUCAUAAUGUUAUUAAAUGAACCUCACCCUUUUUUGUUUUAGUAAACUAAAAAACAUUAAACUCAGAUCAUGUUACAAACUGAGUUACAUUUUACACCAUCUGAUUGAGUGAUCAGCUCAGAGCCUGUCUCUAAAGUCUCCCAAUGAACACACUUUUCAUGGGAUCAAAUGUACAAACUGACUGCUUUGCGUAUGUUCAACUAUAAACUCAGAGAAACAAACACACACAAACCUGUUCUGACUCGUGCAGAUGACUCAGUAUAUUGAUUGUGGUUUCUUUCAUAUUGCUGUUCAUUUGUCGUUGUUGCUUCAGGCUUUUUAGAUUCCCGAUUCUGUUUCUCUCUCUGCUUUGGUUAAAGAAUCAUUUUUAUGUGUCGAUCAUUAUCGAUGUGUUUUAAUUUCGUUUUUUAAGUUAAAGAUGUGUAUAUUGUCUGUUUGGUUGCAUGAUGUUGAUACAGAACCCGUCACUGGGUGCUUUUUUUUCACUUUUCCAUUGUGUGUGCAUUAUAGUGUUGAGCUGUUAUCUACUAUAUUUUUGUGGACUUUUCUACUGAGCAGCCUAACAACAUGGAAAUAAGAUAUAUGUAUGUAUAUAUAUAUAUAUAUUAGAGAUGGCACGAUACCACUUUUUUAUGUCCGAUACCGAUAUCAUAAAUUUGGAUAUCUGCCGAUACCGAUAUGAA